CUAUAAAAGGACAUAAUAGAGCAGUCUACCAUCUAUUCCCACAUCAUUGACGUCUAUCUUUUGUUCCAGUGUGGUUUGGAAAUAUCUUUGCUUUUUGGCCUUCUCUCUUCAACAUUCUCCCUUGUGUUCCUGUUUCCGUCUGAACUUUGUCAGUGACCGUUGAACAAAGCCUCCUUGCUGUCACACACAACUUCAGACAUUUAGGUUCAUGCUUGUGGCAUAUCUUCUCUAGCAUCUGGCCUUUUUGCCAGCCCUCAAUUUGGGCGCGGGAUGAGAGGGUGAACCGGCAGAGCUGAUACUUACUGGUCAUGAAAGCUUGAGAUAUGUCCGCAUCGUAUCCUUCGUCCUUACCGCUCCACAAUGCCUCCAUUCCCCCUCGACGAACUCCAUCUCCCGCAGCUUCAUCCCUGAAACGAUCUACAGCGCAAUCCUCCUCCAUUACCUCGACCUACUCGAAGCUCAGUCCCCAAGAGACGGCAAAUCGGCUCAAUACAGACCUCGUCCAUGGUCUGACCCCGAGUGACGCCGAAGCGCGAUUGCUUCGAGAUGGCCCGAACGAGCUGCCUCACGAGGAACCGGAACCGCUUUGGCUUCGGUUCCUGAAGCAAUUUAAGGAGCCGUUGAUCCUUCUACUCCUUGCCUCUGCUGCGAUAUCCUUCUUUAUGCGCAAUUUCGACGAUGCUGUUAGCAUUACCCUCGCCGUUACCAUCGUUGUCACGGUGGGAUUUGUGCAGGAAUAUAGGUCAGAGAAAUCGUUAGAGGCAUUGAAUCGACUUGUUCCUCAUUAUGCCCACCUGGUGCGCAACCUUCCAUCCGGUUCCACGGGCCGAACGACUCCUGGGGCAGCAAGUACAAAAGAUCAGUAUGAGAUGCAGGAUCUUACGGACAGCUCCUCGUCUUCCGGGAGUGAAGCUGCUAAAGGAUCUACCACUGUCGUUGCCAACAGAUUGGUGCCGGGAGACCUAGUGUUGUUCUCUACUGGUGACCGCAUUCCGGCGGACCUGCGUAUAACACGUGCGACGCAUCUCACCAUCGAUGAAUCGAAUUUGACCGGAGAGAACGAGCCCGUAACAAAGUUUUCCGCUGCGUUAUGCAGCCCGACAAAGGCGUCCCUUCCAAUCCAUGCUCCCGCACCUCCUCGUUCGCCCUUUUACGAUUCUCCUGCUGCCGGUACCGUUGGAACGGAUCUUCGUCUCAGCGAACAACAUAACAUCGCUUUUAUGGGAACUUUGGUGCGAUCUGGCCAUGGACAGGGCAUUGUCAUUGCUACCGGACCCCAUACUGAGUUUGGAAGCAUCUCUGCCUCCCUCCAGGAGAUUGAGAGCCCGAGGACUCCCUUGCAGUUGUCAAUGGACCGCCUCGGACAAGAAUUAUCCUAUGUAUCGUUUGUUGUUAUAGGAUUGAUCGUUAUCAUUGGAUUAAUUCAAGGUAGGAAGAUUCUCGAAAUGUUCACCAUCGGCGUAUCGCUUGCGGUGGCGGCUAUCCCCGAAGGACUUCCGAUCAUUGUCACGGUUACGCUCGCCCUUGGGGUCCUUAGGAUGGCAAACCGCGGGGCAAUUGUGCGAAGACUACCCAGCGUUGAGACACUUGGCUCCGUCAACGUUGUCUGCAGUGACAAAACUGGCACUCUCACGCUUAACCACAUGACUGUUACGAAGAUGUGGCAUUUCGAUGCUGAAAGCCCGUUUGAGAUCCCCAAAGAUGGCGCAGUCACUCUCGCAGCAGCAGCACAGACAAUCCUUCGCGUUGGAAAUAUUGCCAAUAACAGCCGUCUUUCGCGUGCACAUGCCAACUCUCCUGCAACGGCGGCAUCAGCCGCUAUUUUGUCGUCGACUGCCGACCGGUCCACGGGAGCGGUGAGAAGCCGCUGGGUUGGGCAACCAACCGAUGUCGCCCUCCUUGAUCUAUUGGAUACUCUGGGUGAAGAUGACCUUCGGCUUCGAAUCAACAUGCGGUUAUCUGAAACACCUUUCAGCUCGGAGCGAAAGUGGAUGGGAGUCGUUGUCGGCAGGAGCACUACGUUAGACGACGUUGCUGGCAAUGGGGAUGGAAAUGAAGUUGCAUACAUCAAAGGCUCGCUGGAAGAAGUCCUGAAACGCUGCGAUACUUAUUUGACCAAAGAUGGACAAGAAAUAAUAUUAGAUGAGCGGAGGAGACGGGAUGCAAGGCAAGCCGCGGAGUCUAUGGCCCAAGAGGGACUGAGAGUGAUCGCUUUCGCAAGUGGCCCAAUCAAACCUACACGAGGACCUCGCAGUCAUAACCCCCGUUCCCAUCAUCCCACACAUGACCACUCUCAACUACAUGGCGAAGAAUGCUAUACUGGUCUCGUUUUCGCUGGCAUGGUUGGCAUGAACGAUCCGCCCCGUAAAGAUGUGCAUCGAUCGAUUCGGAGGCUUCUAACAGGAGGAGUCAGGGUUAUCAUGAUUACCGGUGACGCCGAGACGACCGCAGUUGCCAUUGCGAAGAAGCUAGGGAUGCCAAUAAAUAUGUCGGCAAAUGGAAGGUCAUUCUUGAGGGGAGACGAAAUCGACCAUAUGACCACCGAAGAGCUGGCCCAAGCAAUCACUGGCACCUCGAUAUUCGCUAGAACCAGCCCAGAUCAUAAAAUGAAAAUUGUAAAGGCCCUGCAAUACCGAGGAGACGUCGUUGCAAUGACUGGCGACGGGGUCAACGAUGCACCAGCAUUGAAAAAAGCAGACAUUGGAAUUUCCAUGGGCCUUUUGGGAACCGAUGUUGCAAAGGAAGCAGCCGAUAUGAUUUUAACCGAUGACGAUUUUUCUACGAUUCUUAGGGCUAUAGAGCAAGGAAAAGGCAUUUUCUACAAUAUUCAGAAUUUCAUCACAUUUCAAUUGAGCACUAGCGUUGCAGCGUUGAGUUUGGUUCUUAUCAGUACGGGGUUGGGAUUCAAAAAUCCCCUUAAUGCUAUGCAGAUUCUAUGGAUUAACAUUCUCAUGGACGGCCCUCCAGCCCAAUCUCUAGGGGUUGAACCUGUCGACCCCUCAAUCAUGGUCCGCCCUCCCCGCCCCAAACAUGCCCGCGUUCUCACCAAGCCACUCAUCCGCCGCGUCCUAACAUCCGCCGCGUGCAUCAUGCUUGGCACUCUUGCCGUCUACAUCCACGAAAUGAUCGACCACACCGACGAAAUCUCCGGCAUAACCUCGCGCGUAGUAACCCGCCGCGACACAACCAUGACGUUCACCUGUUUCGUGCUCUUCGACAUGUUCAACGCCCUGACGUGCAGGAGUGAGGGGAAAUCCCUUCUCCGCGGAGAACUCGCGCUGACGGGCAACAAGAUGUUCAACUAUGCCGUCCUCGGCUCGCUCCUGGGCCAAGCGUGCGUGAUCUACCUUCCGAUCUUGCAGGACGUCUUUCAGACGGAGCCGUUGGGUCCAAGAGAUCUGUUUGCGUUGCUGUGUAUUUCUAGUUCCGUCUUUUGGGUCGAUGAGCUUCGGAAGUAUUUGAUGACUCGGGGUCGGAGAGGCGCACUUUCUGGUUUCGCUUCCCUGCCACAGUUAUCCGGCGUUGGAUACAGCGUUAACGUAUAAUAGAAUAGAAAGUACCUCCUUUGUUUCCUCCGUUGUAACUGCUAUUCUUUGAGAAGGCCUUUUUUUGGGUUAAAUUCUGUGUCUCAGAUAUAUACUUUCCUCCUAACGUUGCUCUAUAAAAUGAUGUUGGUG